AUGAGUGGAGUCGCACCGAAACGGCCGAGAACGGCGGCGGUGCGGGGCGAUAGUUUUGGCGAGGAGGCGGGGAUGGAUGCUGGCCAGACGACGUCUGGUCAGGUGGAGAGUGCAUCGCACAGCGUCGAUGUCGGCGCCUUUGCUCAGCGCUUCAGCCAGAUCGUACGAUGAAAGAUGCACUCACGUCAAAGCUCCCCACAAGCACACUCGUAUGCAUCAUUGCCUUGUUGUGUGUGUUGUUCGUGCAGCCUGUCAUCAUUGGUUGUGUGUUCUCAUUCCUGUCGCUCCAUUUGGUGGCGGCGCUGCCCCAGCGGCUCUGGCGGCACGUCUGCGCACAGAUCACCCAUUUGGUGAUGGACACCUACAACACGGCCGAGUGACCAGCGGCCGAGCGGCGCUUCUGGUGCGGCCUGUCGUUCAGCGAUGCCUUCGAGUGGGGCCGGCGGCUGACGCAGCUCAAAUCCGUCGUCGCCCGAUACCCCAUUUCCGGAAAUUUGUAUGACUACGGAAAGGGGCUGCAGCGUGCGGUGAACGACAAAGUGACGGCAGUGGUGGAGGGGCAUGCAGAGGGACGCAGGGCGGCGCAGGCCGGGGGAGGCACACUCGAGUCCAUCGAAUUCGACGGCUUUUACCUACGAUUAGAGACUUCGAUGGGAGAAGAUGGUACGUCCAUGAGAAGAGAACGACUAGAGAUGUCUGUACACAUUUGCGUGAAUGGACAUUCAGGUGAUGUUUAUCAAGAUGAUUUCGUACGAGACAUCGACACGGACGAGGCCAGAGAAGUGGCAGCCAUUGCAGAGAAC